AUGUGGCCUUGCCGCUCUCAAUUGCGCACGGAUCGUGUUGGGCCUCCAUUCGACAGGACUCGGGACGACUCAACUGCUGGAAGAACUCAUGAAGCGCAAGUUCCUCGAGGUACGCUCGCUAGCCGUCCAUCUGUCUCAUACUCCAUCUCAUUGCCCACGGGAACAUCGCAGGACAUCUUGCAGCCUUGCCUCUCGUGGUCUAGUUCUGAUCAUCUGGCAGUCGAUGAGAUUCACAAGGUCCCAAUCUUCCGCAAGUCCUUGAAGACAGUCGGCUCACAUUACGGACAAGCGGGACUCCCCUACUUUGAGGGACUGAUGUCGAACAUCUCACAAUAUACAAAACAACAUUCGACUUCGACUUGCGUCAUCAUAACGCGUCCACCAGAAAUCAUCGCAUGCUUCUGUCUCUCCGAUGUCCCUGCCGAACUCUUCGUCAUCUUCGACUCCCAUCCUCGUCCUCACAAGCAUCCCCACGGCGCAGCAUUCAUCUUCAAGAACUCAGUGAAUUCAACCGCGGAAUACCUGGCGACCCUCUUACACUACGAUGAGCGUCUCCUCCGCGAUAGCACAGUUCAGUGGCAAGCCCAGCUGCUCGCACACUGCUCCGGAGACGUCUUCGUAGCACGGCGCGGUGGGUCGACGUCUAGCCAGUGGGGAGAGAUGGCGUUGGAGGCAAGCCUACAAGUGCUAAAACUGCAGGCUAGUGUGAGAACCCUCGAGAAGAGGAACGAGGAUCUGGAGGAGGACAAAAAGCGACUGAACGACGAGGUCGCCGAACUGGAGGAUCAACUCCUCGAGCUCGACGACGAACAUGAGAAGCUGAAGGCCAGGUACGAGCAGCUUCAAGCCUUGACGCAACACCGCCGGAGCACUUCCAUCCCUCGAUCGUCACCCAGCGAUUACCGGCAGCAGCCUCUCCAAAGUCCUCUCGGCCUCGUUCCUUCCUCCCAGAGAGGCACCCCCGCGCCGACAGCUUCGUCUGCUCAUCGUCCCCCACAGAACGGCUCGGCGACGUCUCAGGCGUCAGACUUCCAUGCCGCCGACGCUCUAGCAUCACAACUGCAACGAGCGUACGACGAGGAAAACCAGCAGCUCGCGCAGCAACUGAGACAUCUCAAGGACAUUCAACCAACCUUCUUCGACUGCGGCAUCUGCUUCGAACGCCAUCAAGACGACCACCUCGCCCGUGUGAUGCCAUGCGGCCAUUCGUACUGUCGGCCAUGCCUGAGAGCGUAUGCAGUGUCGAAGAUCAACGAGCAUCGCUUCCCGAUCCUAUGUCCCAGCUGCGUCGCGGACAGGGGCCGCUCCGAAUUCGGAGACGACUUCGCGAUCCAGCAACUGGGCUUGGGCGAGCGACAAUACGAAAUGUUCUGCGAACUGCAACUGGCCCGCUUCUCCACCGUCAUCCACUGUCGCAGGUGCCUGAAGACGAUCUUCGUCGACAAGGCAGAGUACGAGGAAGCGCAGGAGAUCGCCAUCCAAAUCGGGGGCCCUAAGCACUCAUGCGACGGCUCUUCAGAACUCAAGGACCUCAUGGCACAGCGUGGGUGGAAGCACUGCCCAGGCGAGUCUGGGUGCCAGACGCCAGCAGAGAAGAUCGACGGCUGCAACCAUAUGACGUGCAUGUCGCCUGGAUGCAACGCUCACUUCUGCUACCUCUGCGGUCAGCUCAUCGUGCAAUCUGUACUCAGAAACGAGAUACACUCGGCCGUGUCAAGGCACUACCGUCGCUGCGUCCUGUUCUGA